AUGAUUGGGCUCAGCAAAUGCCGCGCCGCUACAGUCGCCAGGUCGUCCGACCGCGCCCCCUUCAGCACGGCUGGGGUCGCCUUCGAAACGGCAGUCCCUCACGCUUUCAGCAAGAUCGCUCUCCUCUCUGAUCUCAACAACACGGCCCCAGGGCUCGUCGAUUUCGAUUUCUUGCUGGCUCAACGUGUCAUGCCCAACAUCAGCGACGUUCGCGCCGCCAAAUCCGCGUUCCAGCUCUCCACCGACCUUCAGUUCGUGAAGGAGGGUGCCGAGGGGACUGUUUGCGAGGGCACGAAGGGAGGCGCGACUCCUCGGGACGCUGUCGGGGUUGGCAACCAGGCCGCUGCGCCGGGCGCUGUCCCCGUCGCUGGGCCCUUGGAGGCCCUUGGCCACUCGCUCGAAUUCUUGGGACAUGUCAUCUCGGAGUGCGGCAGGAUCGUGCCCUUGUCUCUCGAAGCUGAGAAGUCGUGGCUCGCGAUGGUCGCCGUCGCGUACUACUUUUCCGGACGACUAACCAUUUGCUCUCCGAUCUAUCAUUGGCAAUUCUACCUCUCUCGCCGUCUCCCCAACUUCGUCGUAUCACUCGAAGCGUUCAAGACUAUCGUGCACGGCAGGCACUUUGACCUCUAG